AUGAUAAAUACUCUUAUGAAUAUUAAAGAUAUAACCAACAAUAAUGAACGAGCCCAAAGAAUUAAUCAAGAACUAGAUGACAUUUUAGACAAAGGACAUUCUGAAAGAAUUGAAUUUACUUCAUAUAUACAUGAUCAUGAAUAUAGUUUGACUGAUACAUCGAGUUUAGUUUUAUCUUACUUAGCUGGAUACGUUGCUCGAAAAUCAACCAGAUUCACAAAAUGCCAAAGGUGUCUUUUAAGUUUAAAAAAUGAAGUUAUUUCAUCUAGAGACAAACUCAUUGAUAUGCGCUCCAAAGGUUUUUUGAUUCGUCCAUCGGAUAGUCUUUUUGCUCUUAUUUCAACCUUAGAAAAAAUAACAAUACAGACUUUAGUAUCUGAAGAAUUAAAUGUUUUUUUAUACGCCAAAAUGCCAAAAUUAAGUGGUGAUCUUAAUUUAAAGUUUGUAGAAUUAUAUCGCGAAGAAGAAUGUCUAUGGAAUGCCAGUAUUCCAUCAUAUAAAAAUAAAUCUAUGCGUGAUACAUCACUACAAAAAAUAUGUGCAGAAUUGAAUACAAUUGGCAUACAAAUGACAGUUAAUGAAGACAGUCAAGAGUUAGAAACAAUUGAAGAAAUUUUAGAUAACAGUGAUGCCAAUAUUAAUAGUGAAGAUAAUAUUGAAAAUAAUGAGGUCAAUGGCAAUAUUGAAGACAAUAUUGAUAAAAGCGAAAGUAUUUCAAAUUUAAAAAAUUUGAAUGCUCAACCAUCUACAUCUUCAUCUUCUUAUAAGAGGCCCUCUAUACCUACAUUUGUACCAACUACGAAAAGAAAAAAAAUUGCACAAGUGACGUCAUUAGUAAAUGAAAUAAGGUCAAUUAAGGACGAUUUAAAAAAUAUACCAGAAUACGAAAAUAAUAUGCCAGACGAAAAUGAACAUGACAUUUUUGGAAAUUUCGUAGCAAGUCAACUCAAACACUUAUCUCCUACACAGUGUAUUAUGGCUCGUGAUCAAAUCAAUGCUUUAUUAUCUCGUUGUCGAUUGCAAGAUUUAAACUAUGGGAACACAACUUUUUCAUUUCAGACACCUUUUUACAACUCUUCAGACUCCAACAUGACAUCAAACAGUGUACCAACAUCACAAACAGAGGGUUCAUUUUUGUCAACAACUGAAUAUCAAGAUAAUUCUAACCAAGAAAAUCAAAUAAAUGAUAUAAACUACGAUGACUAUAAUGAUAAUCCUAUAAUGAGAGCAUUUAAAGAUGCAUAG